GGUUUAAAGUAUGUUUUUGAUCGGAAGUUGCUAAUUGUUACAAGCGGUAUCCUUAAAUAAUAGAGCACCUUCGUACAAUGCGAUGCCUCUCAUUGACAACGCAUUACUGCACACAGCGGCGUGUUACGGACUGCGAUGUACGUACUGUAGUUCUCUAUACACGGGAAGGGUACAACAUAACACGGGCCUUUCCGCCAAUGGCCUGGGGGGGAAGGUUUCUUCGGAAACGGCAUCGGACGACGCCGUUGGAUCCGUGUGCCCGGCAUACCUUGCCCCAGUUGACUCGGUAUUUGUUUCCGAAUUUAUCGGCGGUGUGUCCCUUUGUGAUGAAAGCAACACGUUUUCCCAAGUAAAAGUCGACAUCUUCCUUCGAGUCAACACCCCGGAUUUUCAACAGACUAACAUUKGUGUUUUGGGUUCGGAGUCCGCGUUGGUAACCGAGAAUAGCGGCAUCAACGUGAAGGCGAGGGGCACGACCUGACAUAUUUGUAGUUGUUGUGUGUAUUGACUUAGUGCGCAAAGCUGUGGAGGUCAAAAAAAUGAAGCAACGUCGUUAGUUGGCUAAACAGAACAAAAGGUAAUUCGAUGU